ACUGACUCCGCCAAGAUGGCGCCGGUGGAGCACGUUGUGGCCGAUGCCGGGGCUUUCCUGCGGGACGCGGCUCUGCAGGACAUCGGGAAGAACAUCUACACCAUCCGGGAGGUGGUCACCGAGAUUCGGGACAAGGCCACCCGCAGGCGGCUCGCAGUCUUGCCCUACGAGCUGCAUUUCAAGGAUCCCUUCCCGGAGUACGUUCGGCUGGUGACAGAGUUUUCGAAGAAAACCGGAGACUACCCCAGCCUCUCUGCCACAGACAUCCAAGUACUGGCGCUUACCUACCAGCUGGAAGCAGAAUUUGUUGGGGUGUCGCACCUUAAACAAGAACCUGAAAAGGUUAAAGUGAGCUCCUCAGGUCAGCAUCCGGAAACCCCACUCCUCAUUUCCGGUUUCCAUCUUCCCUUGAAGCCUAAACCCCCACGAGAAACAGCAGAUCAUGGACCCCCCGCCAGCACACCUGAGAGCCUAGAAUUCAGUUCCUUCGUGUUCUGGAGAAACCCUCUGCCCGAUAUUGACCGCGAACUCCAGGAGCUGCUGGAAUUCUUCGUGUCUCAGCUUGACCGGGAUGAGAGUGCCCCGGAAGAGGAGGACAAUGGAUUUGAAGAAGAGAAAGAGGACGACAGUGACGAUGGUGGGGGGUGGAUAACCCCCAGCAACAUUAAGCAGAUCCAGCAGGAGCUGGAGCAGUACCGGGUCCCAAGCAACGUGCAAGUCGGCUGCGUGACAACAGACUUUGCCAUGCAGAACGUGUUGCUGCAAAUGGGACUGCACGUGCUGGCGGUGAACGGCAUGCUGAUCCAGGAGGCCCGGAGUUAUGUCCUGCGCUGCCACGGCUGCUUCAGGACAACAUCUGACAUGAACCGGGUGUUCUGCUCCCACUGUGGAAACAAGACCCUGAAGAAAGUGUCUGUGACGGUCAACAGUGACGGCACCCUGCACAUGCACUUCUCCCGCAACCCCAAGGUGCUGAACCCCCGAGGCCUCCGGUAUUCACUUCCCACUCCCAAGGGGGGCAAAUACGCCACCAACCCUCAUCUGACCGAGGACCAGCGCUUCCCUCAGCUUCGGCUCUCCCGAAAGGCGAAGCAGAAGACCAACGUGUUUGCCCCUGACUACACUGCUGGAGUGUCGCCCUUUGCUGAGAACGACAUCUCCAGCCGGUCGGCUACCCUGCAGCUCCGAGAUGGCACGCUGGGGGCCGGGAGGAGACGGUUAAAUCCCAAUGCUUCCAGAAAGAAGUUUGUGAAGAAAAGAGAGAAAAUGCCAUAGCUCACAAGAAAAUGUCCAGAACGAAUAGGAAUGUAGCAAAGUUGCUGGGCACCAGAUCGACACCGAUCAACACCAGCAAGCAGAGAUCUGAAAGGAGCCCUGGCGACACCGUCCCAUUGACAGUCACGUCCAGAGAACCACGUGCUGGCUCCAACUCACAGCAGCAACGCCGCCGUGCACAGCCAAACCCUGACCUGGCAGUCCACCCCACGCUCACCUCCCCGUGUCACCAUGCCACUGUCAUUCCAUCCUAUGAGCUGUUCCUCUUUCUCUCAGCAGAAUGUCCUAAGCAGAGGCUGGUCCCUCCUAAGAUCAUGUCCAAAGUCCACGAGGUGAAGCCUUCCCAUCCUCGUGUCAUCUUUUAAAAAUCAUCUAUUGGGGCUCAUACAGCUCUUACCACAAUCCAUACAUUGUACA